UCUUCUGUACAUUUCUAUACAUAUUCCGGGAUAAUGGACCGCUUUCUUCUGUAUUAUAUUAUAUUAUAUUCAUGAUUUAGCUCUAAUGAAUCGUUAUGUCUCCUAAACUGAGAAUUUAAUGAUAAAGCAGUGAGGAAACAGUGAGUCGGGACAGAGAUUUAUCGCUGUGCUGAGGAGUCAAUCUCAGGUGGAAUUCAGCAUGUUCUCCAAGAAAGCUCAUGGAGAUGUGAGGAAAUCCACCCAGAAAUUUCUGGAUCCCAAGAAAGACGUGCUGACCAGACUCAAACACCUCCGAAUCAUCAUAGAAAAUGCUGAAGCGGCCGAGCUGAAGCGCUUCUUCGAUCAGAACUAUUCACACAUCUAUUACGUCUUCUUCGAGAACUUCGUGAUCAUCGAGGCGAACCUGAAACAGAAAGGCCACAAAUCACAGAGAGAAGAGCUCGACUCCAUUCUCUUCAUAUUCGAGAAAAUUCUGCAGUUGUUGCCAGAGCGAAUACAGGAGAGAUGGCAGUUCCACAGCAUCGGUCUCAUACUGAAGAAACUGCUGCACACUGGGAACUCACUGAAGAUCCGCAGGGAGGGCGUCCGCCUGUUCCUGUUAUGGUUGCAGGCUCUGCAGUGGAACGCUCUAAGAGAGCAGCUGUGGAUUUUCGCCUGUUUGAUCCCAGGAUUCCCUGCUCCUCACGGCGACCACGCCCCUCGCACCCUGGAUAACAUCAUCAACCCCCCACUCGCCCUCAUCGAGGGUCAGGUGACCCCAGAGGAGAUCAGUCCACUGGUUUUGCCCCAGUCUGGAGAUAAAGCUCAGGAGGACCUGACUGGUUACUUCCUGGAGGCUCUGCUGAAGUACAUGGUCACCCAGGCCAAGAGUUUGGAGUGGAGGUGUCGCGAGAACCACGAGAAGGGCUUCGCCUUCCUCUUUGCCAACUUUAAGAAGUUCUACCUUCCAUACAUCUUCCCAAACUUCUCCAAAGAGACCAGUCUGUUCUCUCCUAUACUGGAGAUCCCGGCGAUGCGACCCAGGCCGGCGUACGUGGUGGUGAAGAGAGACCUGGACACCAACGAGGCGCUCUACUGCACCAAGGAGAGCUUCCUAAACGCCCGCGUCAUCUUCAUCCGCUGGCUCGUCUGCUUCUGGCUCGAACCCAAACCCAACAUGCUAACACUCAUCCCGGGGGUGGAGGGUGAGAACGUCCCCAAAAACAUCCAGAGAGCGGCAGCAGGUCUGGCGAUGCGCUCCGAAGACUCCGCCCCUCGUUCCGGCGCUCUGGACGGAGGAGGCACGGGGGAGCCGGAGCAGUCUCACUCCAACACCAGCACCCUGACGGAGAGGGAACCCAGCUCGUCCAGUCUGUGCAGCAUGGACGGGGAGAACCUGAGCGCCGUGGAGGUGGUGAGGAACGUGCUGUACUCCUGCAGGACCAACAUCAACUUCAUCACCGAGAUCUUCAGACAGGCGUUCCUGUUGCCCAUGUGCGAGGCGGCGGCCAUGCGUAAGGUGGUCCGAGUGUACCAGGAGUGGAUCUCUCAGGAGGAGAAGCCGCCGUUCAUGUUAGAACCGGACGAGGACGAGCGGUACCUGGAUCAGCAGGAUUCGGUUCUGGAUCCCGGCGCCGAGAACCACCACGAGGAGCGAGGGCUGAAGAACUCUGAGAUGUUGGAGUACUGUGUACAUGCUGGACUUCAGUCUACACUACAGGUCUUCAUCACCCACUCUGCCAACGUCUUCCUGCUGGAGCCGGCCAAUGAGCUGAAGCCGCUGCUGGAGGAGCACAUCGACAUGUGCAAGCGUGUUCUGAACAUCUACCGCAGCCUGGUCAUGCACCAGAACAUGGACCAGAAAACAUGGGAGCAGAUCCUGUUAGUGCUGCUGAGGGUGACGGAGUGUGUGAUGAAGAGACCCCCCUCCAUCAUGCCUCAGGGGAAGAAGAGUAGCACCCUGUCAGGACGAUUAGCAGGAGCCAUUUUCCAGACUCUGAUCGUGGCUUGGAUCAAAGGGAACCUGAACGUCUUCAUAUCUCGGGAUCUGUGGGACGAGCUGCUCUCGGUUCUCUCCUCUCUCACCUGCUGGGAGGAGCUGGUCACCGAGUGGUCACUCACCAUGGAGACCCUGACCAAAGUGCUGGCACGCAACCUCUACAGCCUGGACCUGAACGAGCUGCCCCUCGAUAAGCUCAGUGAGCAGAAGCAGAAGAAGCACAAGGGCAAGGGCGGCGCACACGAGGGGCAGAAAAUGGUGGUGGAUCGUUCCUUCUCUAAGGGGUGGAGUCGCGACCCGCCCGGCCAGGCCGUAGCCAUGCGCCAGCGCAGCGCCACCACCGCCGGAUCUCCGGGGAUCGAGAAGGCCAGGAGCAUCGUCCGGCAGAAAACCGUCGCCUUGCGUAGCCGCUCGACGGGCGACAGUCUGUUAUCGGCGGCGUUUAUCCGCAGCGCUAAAAGCGCGCCUGUGCUAAUCCACCCCGUGCAACCUCUCCUUCCUGAUUCCGUCCUCGCCCCCCUCGCUGACGAGCUGUCAGACAUGGAGGACCCCCCACCGUCCCUCCGCGCCCCCCGUGCGCGCCACUCGUCCCAGAGCGAGGAGAGCCCGGCCAGCGAGGUCUUCUGCGUCUCGGCCGAGGCGGACCAGGCGCCCCUCCCGCGCAGCAGCAGCGCCUCCGACAUCAUGGAGCCUCUAGUGAAAGGUGCACUUCCUGUUUCUGACACACCUUCUCACACUGACCCCACCCCCUGCCCCUCCCACAGCCCCGCCCGCUCUCUGGACGCGGCCGGCGGCAUCUACGACCACCUGUGCCGGACGCCCGAACCUCAGCCCCUGUUUGUCCCCGACUGGACCUUUCUAGAGGCCACGCCUACUCUGUUCUCCGACGCCGGACUUGAAGACAGCGAUCUCGCCCUGGAGGGGGCGGAGCCUGUCUCGGAAGGAAUCCGGGGCGGAGUUUUGGCUGAAAAAGAGGAGGAGCCUGAGCCUGACCCGAACGAUCAAAGCUUCUACGAGUGUUUAGAGCAGUGCCAGUCCGAGGAACCGUCCAAUCAGAAGCCGUUACGUAGACGAGACGCGACCGAGCGUCAGACCGAGGCCGACUCCGCCUCGCCGGCCGGGCUCCGCCCCUCCCGAACGAAGAAGCGCCCCGGGAGCGGCGUCCACGUCUCUUUCCGUCCCUCCACAGAGUCGGUGCACUUCCUGAACCCGCUGGACCCCAAGGAGGCGCACUGGAAGAGUCGUCUCCGGCGGCUCGGACACUUCAGCGCCAACUCGCACCCCGGGGCGGCGCCGGGCUCCAAGCUCAGAGAGGGCUCCGAGGAGGGGGACGGGCCGCGCUCCCGCCAGCAGGGCGCGCUCUUAGGCGGCGUUUAUAAAUCGGUGGCUCACGCGCUGUCCAAACCCAGACAGGGUCACGGCAAGAGCGCCGCCUCGGACGCGCACCUGAAGGACCUGUACUCGCAUAUUAUCGGAUAUUUCGGGAGGAGAGCUCCAGCCAGUAAGGAUGAUCUGCCGCAGAAGAUGCGUCCAGUCUUGAGUGACGCUGAGAGCAGCAACCCGAACGUCAGUGACAUGAUGGACGAGUUUAUACAGGAGCGGCUCCGCGCCAGAGGAACCUCGGGAACGACGAGGCGUGGCAGCAGUCCUGGUAGUUUGGAGAUUCCCAAAGAUUUCCCGGACGCCCUGACGCGCCCCAGCUCCACUCGCCCCGCCGAUGACCCGGGCGUACCGUCCGAGUGGACGUCGCCCGCCAGCGCCAGCGGGAGUGACAUCAUCAGUUCCGACAGCCAAUCGGAUUCCUUCAAUGCCUUCCAGUAUGACGGCAAAUUUGAAAAUUUUAGCUAUGCCUCUGAUGUGUGUGCAGUGGGGUGUGUGGAGCAGGAGAGUGUGUGUGUCCCAGCACACCCAGUAGACGAACAGGAUCACUCCAGUCUGACCACGUUCCACAUCGACUCCGAAACCUCCAGUCUGAGUCAGCACGGCCUGUCCGCCGAUACCUUAACCAUCGCAGGUUCGGCGAGUGCAUCUCCUCUACACUCCCGCUCACACACUCCGUCUCCCGCCACACUCACCGCCGACCACGCCCAACAUAAAGAGCUGCAACUGGACGAGAAACUGCACCAUUCUGUACUGCAGACCCCCGACGACCUGGAGACAAGCGAGUUUGCCACCGAGGACUGCAGCGUGAUGGCGGGCGGCUCUCUGACCGGUUGGCACGCUGAUGUUGCCACGGUGAUGUGGAGAAGGAUGCUGGGAAUUCUGGGAGAUGUGAACUCCAUUAAAGAUCCGGAGAUCCACGCUCAGGUGUUCGAUUACCUGUGUGAGCUCUGGCAGAACCUGGCUAAGAUCCGGGAUAAUUUGGGAAUCUCUCUGGAUAAUCAGUCGUCUCCUCCUCCACCGGAUCUCAUCCCACCACUCAGGAUCCUCACGCCCUGGCUCUUUCAGGCCACCAUGCUGUCGGAGAAGUAUAAGCAGGGGAAGCUCCACGCCUAUAAGCUGAUCUGUAAGAUCAUGAAGAGGACGCAGGACGUGUCGCCCAACUCGGACUUCCUCACCCACUUCUACAACAUCAUGCACUGUGGCCUCCUGCACCAGGACCAGGACAUAGUGAACACCAUCAUCAAACACUGCUCGCCGCGCUUCUUCUCCAUCGGCCUGCCCGGAGCCACCACGCUCAUCCUGGACUUCAUCGCUGCAGCCAGCCGCGUGACGGCCUGCUCCUCGCUCAACGCCCCCAGGGUGGAGGCUCAGAUCCUGCUGGGGUCUCUGGUGUGCUUCCCCAAUCUGUACGACGAGCUCCCCGCCCUGCACCCCACCACCGCCGAUGUCAUCACGACCAAGUUCAAGGACGUCAAGGAACACAUAAUCAAACACAUUCUGGCCUCAGCCCGAGACGAACCCUCCGCCCCCGCCAGGUGUGUGGCGCUGUGUAGUUUGGGUAUCUGGCUCUGUGAGGAGCUGGUCCAUGGUACCCGUCACCCCCAGAUCAAAGAGGCUCUCAACGUCAUCUGUGUUACCCUGAAGUUUCCGAAUAAAGCCGUGGCUCUGGUGGCGUCGGACAUCCUGCACCUGCUCAUCAACUACGUGGAUCAUCUACAGAGGUUCCCUCCCGACACGCCCAAGAAAAUAGUCGAGAUUCUGAUCGCUACGAUCACCUACUUACUACCUACUACCGAGUCCUCGCCUCACGAACUGGAUAAGAGGCUGGUGGUGUCCCUCCUGCUGUGUUUGUUGGACUGGGUGAUGGCUCUUCCUCCAACAACCCUCCUGCAGCCCGUCCAGAGCCUUUCACAGAGCAAAGAGAAGGAGGACCGGACCGUCCUCAGUGCCAUCUACAAGGUGCUGCACGGGUGCGUGUACGGAGCCCAGAGUUUCGGGAACCUCCGCUACUUCCCCCUGAACCUGUCGGACCUCAGCAGUUCCACCUUCGACCCCUUCCUGGUGCUGGAGGGGCUGAAGGAACCCGAGCCUCUGCACUCGCCCGACUCGGAGCGCUCGGCCAAGAUCCAGCCCGUCGCUGAAGUGAGAAGCCGUAUGCAGCAGGGUCUGAUCUCCAUCGCCGCUCGGACCGUCGUCUCUCACCUCCUGAACCACCUGGGUCACUUCCCCAUGGGCGCCGGCGGUCCGGCCGCCCUCACCAGCCAGGUGUGCGAGAACCAGGACAACCCGUACUGCACGAGCGCCGACCUCGCCCCCGAGCUCUUCCACACCCCCAACCUGCAGUUCUUCGUCCUGAACGGCUCCACCCUGCUGUCCUGCCUGCAGAUCCGCCCGGACGACGACAUGCCGGCGGGUCUGCUGGCCCCCGACGCCCGCGUGCGCGUGGUCAUCAGGGACAUCUCCGGCAAGCACUCGUGGGAUUCGGCCGUCCUCUACGGCCCGCCUCAGUGCGCCGAUCGGGGGCCACGGGCACGCCCGGACGCGUGCUCCGACCCUCCGGGGGGCGACGGGGAGCGCAGCGAGGAGCGAGAUUCUGGAGGUGAGAAGGACGCCCCUCCGGAGGAGGACCAGGAGGAGGAGGCGGUUCUGGAGACGAUGGCGCCGCUGGCGAAGCGCCGCUGCUGUGAGAUGAUCCCGAGCUGGGACUCCCUGCAGGACGGCGAGGACGUUCUGGACGAGGUGCUGCAGUAUUUAGGAACCUCGAGUCCCGAGUGCCUCCAGAGAACCGGAACGCUGCUGAACGUCCCGGCUCAGCCGCCCUGCUGCGUCUCCGAGAAACAGGAGAACGACGUGAUCAACGCCAUCCUGAAGCAGAGCGCCGAGGAGUGGGACUUCACCGGGAAACACGGCAACGACCUCAACCUGAAGGCCCCGGAGCAGCCCGAGCCCACGCCCCGAAAAUCCCAGUCCGCCUUCUACUACUGCAGACUGCUCCUCAACAUCCUGGGCAUGAACUCCUGGGAGAAAAGGAGCAGUUUCCACCUCCUGAAGAAGAACGAGAAGCUGCUGAGGGAGCUGAAGAACCUGGACUCGCGACAGUGCCGCGAGACGCACAAGAUCGCGGUGUUUUACGUGGCCGAGGGUCAGGAGGACAAGCACUCCAUCCUGUCCAACACCGCCGGCAGUCAGGCGUACGAGGACUUCGUCUCCGGGCUGGGCUGGGAGGUGGACCUGACCAGUCACUGCGGCUUCAUGGGGGGUCUCCAGAGGAACAAGAGCACGGGGCUGACCAUGCCCUACUUCUCCACCUCCACCGUGGAGGUCAUGUUCCACGUGUCCACCCGCAUGCCGCCCGACUCGGACGACUCGCUCACCAAGAAGGUAAAACCUGACCUCUGUGUGACCAGAAGUGUGUGGACACCUGAGCACCCUCAUCUUCUCAGGAGGCUUUCCGCAGGGUUUUGGAGUGUGUCUGUGAGCAUUUGUGCCUUUUUAGCUUAUAAAAGCUUUUGGAAAUCAGGCGCUGACUUUAGACCACUUUAAAUGUGGGACUAGUAAUCGAAGGGUUGCAGGUUCAAGCCCCACUAUGGGCCCACUGUUGGGCCCUUAAGCAAGGCCCUUAAGUGUCAAGUGCUUAGAUAAAAAUACUAUCACGGUUCUGUAAGUCGCUUUGGAUAAAAGCGG